AUGACGGAAUUAAUCUCCCAAGAAUUCAUCAAACCUGUUUCUCCCACUCACAAUCACCUAAAAUCCUAUGAUUAUUCCACUCUCGAUCAGUUUUCUCCUUCAAAUUAUAUCUCUAUACUUUUAUAUUACCCUCCUCCAGCUCUUGGUGAGGAUAACCAAAACCCAAAUGCUAUCAAUUCAACAAGAUUAAAGCAGUUGAAGAAAUCCUUGUCUCAAGUUCUUGCUCAUUAUUACCCUUUGGCAGGAAGACUUGGAAAAAACAAUACUUCAGUUGAUGCAACGAUGAAGGUGUGCCAUUUAUCGAGUUACCUAUUCGAAUGUGGAGGAUUGGUUAUCGGAAUUUCAGCUACCCACAAAAUAUUUGAUGCUUCUUCUGUAUUCACAUUCCUAACUGACUGGUCUGCUUUGGCACGCCAAGACAAUCCCAACUUUGCGCUCACACAACUUGUUCCCAUUGCAACGCUCGUACGACACGUACCAGAUGCUGAAGCCGUUAUAUCUCGUGAGCCAUGUCGUACCAACAUUUAUGUUUUUAACUCUUCUGGUAUUGGAAAUCUCAAGAUUAAGGGGUCAAGUGAGAAGAUACCAAUACCUUCGCGUGUAGAAGUAGUGACAAGUAUUUUGUGGAAGUGCCUAACAGCAAACUCCAAAAGGCCAUCUUUGCUAACUCAUACGGUAAACUUGAGGAAACGAGUUGACCCUCCAAUGCAUGCUCACCAUAUUCGAAACUUCGCAUGGUUACUUUUAGCAUCUAAGCAUGAGAGUGAGGAAGAUAUAGCUAGCAUGGUGGUUUCAAUACGAAAAGGGUUAUUCGAGUUGGAUAAUAACUAUGUGAAGAGAUUGAAGGGGGAUAAGGCCGUGGAAACUACCCUAGAGUUGUUGAGGGACGGUUUAAGCUUGCUGAGUGGCAUAAAGGAUGUGGAUUUCUAUCGAUUUACUAGCUGGUGUGGUUACACAUUUUAUGAUGUACAUUUUGGGUGGGGGAAGCCAAUUUUGUUUGGUACAAUUAAGGCAAAAGUGAAGAAUGCGACAAUAUUAUUAGAUCCAAAGGAUGGUGGAGUAGAAGCUUGGGUUACUUUGAGUGAAGAAGACAUGAAAAUGAUUGAGAAAAAUAAAGAGUUGUUAAAUUAUGCAACUCUCAAGGCCAGUCACCCUACCUAG